AACAUGGAGAAUGUGUUCAACACCAGCACCAGUUUUAUCCUCCUUGGCAUUGGGGAGAUGGAACAUUAUAAAUAUCUGUAUUGUACUUUUCUGCUUGUAACCUACCUACUCAUUCUGAAUUUUAGUUCAUUCAUUAUCUUUGUUGUGUUUGUUGAUGAAAGCCUUCAUGAGCCCAUGUACACACUCAUCGCAAAUCUCAUGCUAAAUGGGAUAUUUGGGGCAUCGAGCUUCCUCCCAAAGUUAAUACUGGACUUGUUCUUAUCAUCCAAAGUCAUCUCAAGAGCUGCCUGUUUCAUUCAGUCCUUCUGUGCCACCCUUUUCACCUACUGCGAGAUCUCCACGUUCACCAUCAUGGCGUAUGACACCUAUGUAGCCGUGUGCCACCCAUUGCACUAUGCCACCAUAAUGACCAAUAAGACUGCUCUGAAACUCAUUGCAGGAUCUCUGAUCUUCAGCCUCAUCAUUGUUGCCCUCUUACUUCUUAUUUCUUCCAGAGUGCCUCUUUGUGGGUCUUACAUUAACAAUUUUCUUUGUGAUUACAUGUCCAUAUUUAUUUUGUCGUGUGUUAAUAACUCCUUAAAUAAGUUAUACGGGACCAUUGUGUUUACAGCCUACUUAACUGGCACCAUUUUAACCAUAGCUUAUUCCUACUUUAGGAUACUUCUCAUCUGCCUCAAGGUGUCUAGAAAUGCUGGUAAGAAAGCCAUUCACACGCUGGUGACCCAUGUACUCAAUUUUUCCAUUUUCCUGAUAGGAACCCUUUUUAUAUUUAUCCGAUACAGACUAGAGAGCAUUAACCUUGCUCUUAUUUUUCACAUUCUGUUCUCUGUAAUUGGCUUAGUCUUUCCUCCACUACUUAAUCCUCUCAUAUACGGAAUAAGAACAAAAGCACUGAAAGUGAGAGUGAUUUCUCACCUACAAAAAAUAAUGAUUGGCUGA